GCCCCUUCAAUUUUUCUCGUUCAUGUAAAUAUAUAUAUAAUUGCCUUGAAAACGCUUCUCUUUUGCUCUCACUAUCUAAAUCUUACUCCCUUCACUUUACAAUCUCCCCAUCUAAUAGAUACCCCGCCAUGAACUCUUCCCAGUUCCGAGAGGCCUCCCACGCUGCCAUUGAAGAGAUAAUACAAUACUACGACACCCUCGCCUCCCGCCCAGUCCUCUCGACCGUCUCGCCGGGCUACCUCCGCCCUCUGCUCCCCAAUGGCCCUCCUCAGACGGGGGAGUCCUGGCCCGCGAUCCAGUCCGACAUCGAACGCGUCAUAAUGCCGGGCCUCACCCACUGGCAGUCGCCCAACUUCAUGGCCUUCUUCCCGGCUAGCUCGACCUUCCCUAGCAUGCUGGGCGAGAUGUAUAGUGCGGCCUUUACAGCACCGGCGUUCAACUGGCUGUGCUCGCCCGCGGUGACGGAGCUGGAAACGGUGGUGUUGGACUGGCUUGCAGGGCUCUUCGCUCUGCCGGAGUGCUAUCUGAGUAAAGGAGAAGGAGGCGGUGUCAUUCAGGGGAGCGCGAGCGAGGCGGUUGUCACGGUCAUGGUCGCAGCGAGAGAACGGAUUGUGCAGAGGAGGUGCGGGCACAUGGAGGAUGGAGAAGAAAAGGAGCAGAAGAUGGGCGAGGAGCGGAUAAAGCUGGUUGCGCUCGGGGGUGAGCACUCCCACAGCUCGGUGCAAAAGGCUGCGAACAUUGCGGGCGUCAGAUUCCGCUCCGUACCCGCACCGAAGAGCUCAGGAUUCAGGGUCACAGCUCAAUCACUCCGGCAGAAGAUCGAAGAAUGCAAGAGCAAAGGGAUAGAACCCUUCUUCAUGGGCCUGACUCUCGGGACGACUAACACCUGCGCCGUCGACGAGUUUGAGGAAAUCGUGGCAGUAGCUAAAGACUAUCCCGACAUUUGGAUCCAUGUGGACGCAGCCUACGCAGGGGCAGCGCUUGCUCUACCGGAGUAUCAGUAUCUUGCGGCCCCUCUCGCUGCUUUUGACAGCUUCAACACGAACAUGCAUAAGUGGCUGCUAACGAACUUCGACGCAAGCGUUUUGUGGGUGAAGCAACGCCGCUCUCUCACCGACGCACUCAGCAUCACCCCCUCAUACCUCCGCAACGAGUUCUCCGACUCAGGCCUCGUCACCGACUACCGCGACUGGCAGAUCCCGCUAGGUCGCCGCUUCAGGGCGUUGAAGAUCUGGUUCGUGCUCCGAACGUACGGUGUCGAUGGCAUCCAAGCGCAUCUCCGGAACACCAUCAAGCUCGGCGAGCUCUUCCACUCUCUCGUCGUAUCUAGACCCGACCUCUUCACUGUCGUUGCUGGACCUGCAUUCGCGCUUACAGUGCUAACUGUAAACCCGGAGAAGCGGGGCGCUGCGAGGGGCGCGCGGGUGACGCCAGCUUCGAGCCCGGAUCCAAACCACGAAGCGUAUCUGAAUGACUUCACGUCGGACGCAGAGAGCCAGUACUUGGCUAAUGCAAAUGCUGUCACGAAGGAGGUGUACGAGAGAAUCAACUCGGGAGGGGAGUUCUUCUUGACUAGUACGACAAUGGAGGGAAUCUUCACGAUUCGAGUUGUUAGUGCGAAUCCGAUGGCCGAGGAGAAGUAUCUAAGGCGGGUUUUCGAUGUGCUAGUGGAGACGGCCGAGGGAGUGCUUGCGGCAAGAGAAAGGGGAAAAUAGGUUGCCAAAUGAAGGCGAUCGGAUCACAAGGUUUUCGAUCAUUGAUAACUUCUAGACAUGACAAUGAGUCAUGAUGAUUUCGGUCUUGCUACGUAGGAUACCAUCUGCAUAUAGUUAUAGAAUAGAAAGGCUGUCCACUU